AUGUCGCGCCCGUUCGAUCCAGCCACGCCAGCCACGUACGAAGACUGGAAGAGGGAAGACGAAUACCACAAGUCCUUCCUUCUCGAGCCAGAUGAGGCGCUGGAAUACGCCCUCGCCAACAGCGAGGCGAACGGAUUGCCUGAUAUUGCUGUAACCCCUGCGCAGGGCAAAUACUUGAAGCUCCUUGCACUUUCCGUCGGGGCGAAGCGGAUCUUAGAGCUAGGCACAUUAGGAGGGUACUCCACCAUAUGGCUGGCGCGCGCACUUCCGGAAGGCGGUGAGCUCAUCACCUGCGAGUACGUGCAGAAGCACGCAGACGUGGCUCGCCAGAACCUGGAGCAUGCGGACCUGACCUCGAAAGUGAAGAUCGUGGUUGGCGCCGCGACCGAUACGUUGGCCAAGAUGGACCCGAGUGAACUGUUCGACUUCAUCUUUGUGGACGCCGAUAAACCCAAUUAUCCUACGUAUUUCAAGCGGUGUAGGAGCCUUAUGAGGAAAGGGGGAGUGGUCUUUGUGGACAAUGUAAUAAGAAGGGGCGGGGUUAGCAAUCUAGCAAUCAAGGACGACCCUAGGAUCAACGGUGUUCGGGAGAUGCUAGAGGUGGUGAAGCAGGACAAGGGCAUGGAUGCGACGACCAUCGGGACUGUUGGAGAGAAAGGAUAUGACGGCUUCAUGUACGCCGUCCGCCUGGACUGA